GAGGGGAGAGGGGGGGUUGUAUGGGUGAAACAUGGCCGCUGUAGACCCAUCGAAGUCUCCGAACAGAGAGAAAACCCCCACGGUGGAGGUGGGAACAUCUGGGGAGAAGGGCGAGGCGGCGGAGUCGGGGUGUAGCGUCGGGAGGGAGGACGACGGAACCGCGGGGAGCCCGGACGGUGAGCGGAGAGCCGAGGCUGCCGCCACAGGAGCACACAAAACGACAUGCGCCUCACCAGAGGACCCGACCGCGGCCGAAAAGAUGGCCGAGGCCCCUGGCAUCCGGCAGCGGGCUUAUGACUGGUCAGGGACUGAAGAGGACGACGACGAAAGGGCCAAGACGGAGGAAAAUAAACGCGACUUCUGUAAAGCCACUAAGACUGCUGAAGAGGUGAAACAAGACAAGCAUGUCGUAGAUGAUGCAGAAAACACUGCCACCGCCAAAGAAGGCUCUCAUGACAAAGGGAACAAAGGAGAGAAGUCACCAGUGAAGGAUCAGGGGGGUGAAGUUGACUUGGCAGAGGAGAUUGGUGAAGACAAUGAAGAGGCUGACUCUACAGCUAAAGAAAAAAAAUUCUGUUUGGUCUGCAAGGAUUGUGGAAUGAGGUUCAAACGCCGUGAGAUGUUCAACCUUCACCGCCACUUUCAUGCUCAUGAAGAUGAAUUCUCGCCCCUCAUCUGUAAAGAAUGCGGCCUUACCUUCCAGCACCGAAGCAGCCUCAUUAAACACAGAAAUGAACACAAAGAAACAGAGGAGGCACUUGUGACCCCAAAGAUGGAGGUGCAAACUAUGGAGGAUGUAAGCAGAUACCAAUGCGCAGAAUGCCAGAUGAUUUUCACUACAGUCAAGAAGCUGAGGAACCACAGUUGUGUCAAUGCAGAAGAAAGGCCUUACCACUGUCCUUUGUGCCGCCAAGAUUUCCAAUUUAAAGUGUCUGUCACAAGGCACAUGAUGACCCAUUCCCAGGAGUGCGUGUUUAAAUGUCAAGAGUGCAAUCAAACUUUCCCAAAUGUCACGGCCCUGCGUGUCCAUCUGAAAUCCCACUCUGCCCUUAAAUCCUACGAAUGCCCGGAGUGUGGCAUGGCUUUCAAACACUACUCUGUCAUGGAAGACCAUCGCCGCAAACACAUAGACACAAGCCGUUCUCACCGUUGCAACAUCUGUGGUAAGAGUUUUAAAUAUAGCAGCCUCCUCCAUCAACAUCAGUAUCUGCACACUGGUCAGAAACCCUUCCGUUGCCCUGAAUGUGGCAAAAAGUUUGCUUUUGCCCAGAAUAUGAAGGCGCACUGCCGUCAACAUAGGUUGCGUGAAACCAACUCAUUCAGCGAGCCGUCCAACAAACAGAACUCUGUGUCCGUACAAGAAACCUUAAAAGAACCAGGGAAUGAGAACUCUCACAAGAUCGAGGAACCAAAACGCACGUUUAACUGCCCCCUGUGUCCCCAAACUUUCUGUUUAGCAGCAAACCUGAGAGCGCACAUGCUUAUUCAUGAGGCAGAGUAUGAUAAGCUAGAGAGGACGGCACAGUCUCCGAAAGAAACAAGCAAGCACUGGGAGAAAGGAUACACCUGCCCCAACUGUCCAAGUGUCUUUCGGAAUGAAUCUAGUUUAAAUAUGCAUCUGCUAAAUUUCCACAAGUCACCUAGACAAUAUUUAGAAAGGAUCACGACACAACCAAUAAAGCAGUUUACUCCAAGCAGCGAUAAUGUGCAGGAGACGUGGAAGAGCGAAACUGAUAAAUUGCACAAGUGUUCAGAGUGUGACAAAGCUUUCCGCCACCGCUCAGUAUUAGAGUUGCACAUGCGCAUACAUUCCAAGGACAAGCCAUAUGUAUGCAGAGUGUGUGGCAAGGGUUUUAGAUUCGGUAGCUACUUGCAGCAACAUCUCGUCAUCCACACAGGCACAAAGCCAUAUAAAUGUCCAGAUUGUGGGAAGGACUUUGCUUUCCUGCAAAACAUGAGAACACAUCAAAAGCUACACCAGGAAAAGCCGUUUCGCUGCACCAGCUGCCGCAAAGGCUACAGCGACGAAGUCCAGCUGCAGCAACAUAUGUUGUCACAUAACGGAGACAAACCACAUAAGUGUGACCAGUGCGACAAGAGCUUCGGAUUAGCCUAUCUGCUUCGGGAUCACAUGAAUACACACACUGGAGAGAGGCCUCAUCGCUGUAACGAGUGUAACAAAACCUUUUCCUGGUUCAGCAGCCUGCUAGUUCACCAGAAGAUCCACACUCGCAAGAAGCAGACUUACAGCCAGUGCAAUUCAUUCCCUGCGAGUGCUAGGAUGAGGGGCAGAGGAAGGAGAGGGGGGAGGUUUUUGUGGAACUGGUCCAAACCUUUAGGAGGCUCAACUUUGGAUACUCAGCAGCCUCUGUAUGCACACUCUCCAGUGAGAGAUGUAGAAUUGCAUGGAAAAGCACCACAGUCCUCCAUGCUCCAGUCUCACAUGGAUUUACAAAACAGGCAGAGUGAGCCGUGGUCGUCUGAGCCACACGUUCAACCAGAGCAGUGGAAGGUGGAUGGGGGAGAGGUGAUGCCUGUCCCAUCUACACAGCAGCAACAUGGAGCUUCACAGACCCCACAUAGUCAUUUUAACAGCUCCAUGCAGCUUCAGCAGAACCACCAGAGAAGUUCAGGCUGGCCAGAUAUUCCCAUGUUACAACAGUCGGGCCCAGUGACAGCUCACAGCUCAGACGUGCACAUUAAAGAGAGCAUAUCUUCUGUUGUCAACUGUCACAUGCCAAAACAAUUAAGCCAGUCGGCUGGGAACGAGAUGGUGCAGGCCAGGCUGCAAAACCCUCUUACGUGGAGUAGCACACCCACAUCUCCAGCGCUUGCUUCCACCAGCUCUGUGCAGCACAAUUUCACUGUCCCUGCCUCCUACAUGGACGGGGCAGCACUGUGGAGCAUCCGACCAGCUCCACUUACUCAGAGUUCUCCAAACAAACUUGUACAAGAACUGCAGCUGCCGAGAUGGCAAACUGCCCCAGCGUCAUCUCAAAUGGAACUGUCCGCCCCUCCCAAGAAAGAGGAGAGGAUGUGGGACCUGAGUAGUUCUCAAGGUAUUUCUUCGACUGUUACUCAGCCAGAGAAGCCAUGGAACGGCUGUGAACCGCAAAAGCCGUGGGCUUCAGGCUUAGCAUCCACCUCAGCUCAGAUAGACCAAAGCAGUGCAAUGCAAAUUUCAACUCCAGUUUCCCACGGGGUCACCAGUACCUUGUGGAACAUCCAAACAUCUCCAGGGAUUCCAAAGACCAUAAACUCCACAGAGAAGUUAGUAAAUAACCAAGAUUAUCAGCUGCAGCAAAAGCAGGUGUCUCCUGGCUGGGCCAACGUGCAGCCAGCCACACAGAAGGGUCCCAUCUCCAUCCAAUAUGAGCCUCAUCGCUUUGGCCAGGGGAUGGGAUCUCCAGUAUGGGGCUUCCAAAAUAAUCCUGUGAAUCCUCAGACACUGCUGUCAGCACAGCUCAAAGCAGGCAGUGGGCAGGAGCUGCAGCAGCAACCAAUGGUAACGGGCACUCAGAUAAUUAUAAACCAGCCUUCCCCUUUCUUCUCACCUCCACUCCCUCCGCUCCCACCUUCUCUUGCUUUGCCUAACCCUCACCCUCUCCAUUCUGUUGCAAUUAGUGGACUUCCAAGACACCCACACCCAAAUAUGUUUUUCACGCCGCAGACAGUCAUGAGUGAAAGGCCCCACUUGCCACAGACCCUGACCCUACCUCAGCUUGCCCCGCACACUGAACCUCACAAACUUGGUUCCCGCUUGUCUUUCGUCCCAGAACGUAUUCUCCAGUGCAUGAUAUGUGGGUGCUCGUUCCCUCGUGAGCUGGAUCUACGGAUGCAUUACUUGCAACAUACACAAGGGGAUAUGUGA